GGAACGCCCAUUAGUCUUGUGAUACUACACCGAGAGACAGAAAGCUAAGGGAACAAUGAUAAAGGCUAUCUUAGUGUUCAAUAAUCAAGGCAAACCUCGCCUUGUCAAGUUCUUUACCCGUUAUUCUGAGGAUGAUCAGCAGACCAUCAUCAAGGAGGUGUAUCACAUGGUGAGCAAGAGGGAUGACACCGUCUGUAACUUCCUCGAGGGACCCAGUAGACUAGGGGAGGGAGAGCACAGACUCAUCUACAGACAUUAUGCCACUCUUUAUUUUAUAUUCUGUGUCGAUGCAUCUGAGAGCGAACUGGGCAUUCUAGAUUUGAUACAGGUAUUUGUGGAAACUUUGGAUCGCUGCUUUGAGAAUGUUUGCGAGCUAGAUCUAAUCUUCCAUGUUGACAAAGUUCAUAAUAUCUUACAGGAAAUAUGUAUGGGAGGCAUGGUCCUGGAGACUAACAUUACUGAAGUGGUGACACACAUUGAAGCUCAAGGCAAAGUGGAGAAGUCAGAGUCCAGCCCCACGAUGAGCAUCAAGUCGACGGUUUCUUCUGCGCCUAAUCGUGCGAUAUCAGCUGUAAAGAAUAUACAGAACUCUUCCAUUAAGCUACCGACUCCGUCUAAAAUACGCUCACUCAAUGUGAAAUUGAGUUAGUAGUGUGUGUUUGAGGAUACUUUAUAAGGAAGGAGUGUCGGAUGUGUUUGAUUUUAUUGUUAACUAUUAUCAUUGGUUUAAAUUAAUUAA